GACACAUUGAAGAAAAAUAAAUCGACAGCGCCUGUGUGCCGAGACAAAGAUGACAAUUUGCAAACACUACUACUGUUACUACUCUUUCCAUGGACGUGUUUAUGUUGGCCUCAUGUGACAGACGUCGUGCUUGUAUAUUCAUCUAGGUUAUAGGAAAUUCCGUGUGUUGAAAAGAUGAAGUCCCACGGUCCUAAUUUUCAGAUUGUGAAAAAUAGUAGACCGGUUGGAAAAGUUUUUAGAAAAAGUAACAAAAAUAAUCAGGUUAAUAAAGCAGAAUCCAAACUAGAUGAUGAAAGGAAACGCCACAAUAAGUUGAAUGUUAAUAACACAAAAGAUGGAAAAUCUGACUCCAAAAGUAGUGACAGUAAUGGAUUGCUUGUUGGGUGCGAAAAUUCGAAAGAAACAUCAAAGGAAAAUUGUUUGCAGGCACAGAAGUUAAAGGAAGCAGCAUUGUUAAAAAAUAAGAAUAAUCACAGAAAUGAAAAUUUUAGAAUGAAUAAAACACAAAAAAGAAAAGCAGAUGACAUGCUAGAUAGUGCACAGCCUGCUUCUAAAGCUGCAAAAAGAACAGUGGAAGAUAAUUCAACUAAUAGAAACAGUGUUUCUGCUGUCAGUAAUGAAACAGAGGUUGCUGGAACCAGUGGUUCAAAACCAAACAAACGUAAAAGGAGGAAGAAGAAGAAGAAGAAGCCUUCAGAUCCGAAUAAUGAAACAACCAACCAGUACAAACCUGUUUUGAUCGUGAAGGAAGCCAAGGAUAUUUCUGGGAACUGGAAAAAUCUAAAGAAUGUUAUUAUGCAGCAAGAUAAAGCUCAGGCAGAGAAGUUGAAUGCAGAGAAGUUGAAGGCAAGUCAAAAGACGCAUGAGAAACAGAAACACAGCAGUGAAAAGAAGAGCUUUCCAAAAGAAACUAAGAAGAUGAAGAAAAAGGAAAAAUUGAUAUUAGAAGCAAUAAUCGAGGAGCAGAAAAGACAGACUGAGAAAUAUUGGGAAUUGAAGCGGAAGCAUUCAGUGAAUGAUAAGGAGCAAAAUAAGAGGAAAAAGAUGGAGGAUAUUUGGUUUGAUAAUGUUGACCCAGUGCUUUUAGGUGAAGAAUAUAAUGAAGUGGAAGACGAAUCUUCUGAAGUCAAUGAUGCGCAGGAGAAGGAAAACGUUAGUGAAGAAUGCAGUGAAGGGAGUGGUAAAGCUGUGGCCAUAGAUUGUGAAAUGGUGGGCAUUGGUAUUAAUGGAAAAGAGUCCAUGUUAGCAAGAGUAUCAGUUGUCAAUCAGUAUUGCCGAGUAAUUUGUGACAAGUUUGUUAAGCCCCAAGAGCCAGUUGUUGAUUAUAGAACAGAAUUUUCAGGAAUCCGACCUGGUGAUAUUAAAGAUGGUAAGUUUUUUGCUUUGCUCUCUGAUAGUUGGAUGCGUUCAGGUUUUGUUUAUUCAGUAUGUAUUGUCUGUGUUCUCACAAUAUAACGUUCACGGAAAGAU